UUUCUGUGAGAUGAUGUUCUUCUGUGUUGUGGAGACGGGGAGACUCCGUAAAAGCGGCGCAGAGUUACGCUAGUGGUUUUUAAAGCAUGUGGAUUUUCUUAAAUGUCUAAAAGUUCUUUAGGUCACGGUCCGCUGGCGCAGCAGCGCUGUUUAUGACUGGUUUAAAGUCUUGGUUUGGCGAAAAACAUGACUGCCAAUGAAGACCAGGAGAUGGAGUUGGAGGCUCUCCGCUCUAUCUAUGAAGGAGAUGACUGCUUUAAAGAGAUAAGCUCAGUUUCCUUCCAGUUCAGGAUAGGAGAUCUUGAUGACUCCAAAUCCUUCUUGCUAGAAGUGUCAUGGCCGGAAAGCUAUCCUGAAACUGCCCCGAACAUAUCAUUAGAUGCUUUUUUCAAUAACAGAAUAGCCUUGGAGACGAAGCAGUACAUCCUCUCGAGGUUGAGUGAACAGGUGGAGGUGAACCUGGGCACCGCCAUGAUGUACACGCUUUUUGAGUGGGCCAAAGAAAACCAGGAAACCCUCAUGGAAAACCACCAACCUGUGACAUCCGCUGUGACCCUGGCGUCCAACAGCGACGUCAUGAAUAAUUCCACCUCUGUUAGUAAGAAAAAAGAGAAGAAAGAACAGCUAACCAAGGCACAGAAGAGGAAACUGAUCGGAAGAACAGAUAAUAAGGGUGAACUGCCGAGAGGCUGGAACUGGGUGGAUGUUAUUAAGCAUCUGAGCAAAACCGGAGGAAAAGAUGAAGAUUAAAGCUAUGCUUGAGAAGAAAUGAUGGAUUGAAGUAGUUGGAUGAACGUAUGGAUGAAAUGUGUCCCUGUGCACUUGUUUUUUUUUUUUUAAUGAAAGCCGAACAUGAAUUCUCUGUGGCCAUGAUUUCAAUUCACCUGGGCCGAUUUGAUAAUGAGUGCAUGGAGACGUGUGUGUUCAGAGCCGCACCAGGGUGUGCUAAAUCACCUGAGCCGCACAUGAAUGGCAUGAGGUGUGUGUGAUCAGAAGACUAACCCGUUUAAAUGCUUGCAUUUUUGGAACGGGUCGAACCGUUGGGCGUGACUUAAUAAACCUAACAUCAGUGGGAUGUUUCUUCCAGUGAAAUUUCCUUUUAAAAAUUGUAUCACAGAUAGUUAAAAAGUUGCAGUGCUGAGAAUCGUUGUCAGGGGUUACUGAAAUAAAAACAAGUAUGGUUUA